AUGGCAGCGACGACGACUGAAUCGGCACGCCAGGCUAUUAACCUCAGGACCUUACAACGGUGUGACCCCACCAUCCGGACAAUCCUCGAUUCGGCGAGCUAUGUGGUCCUGUACAAAUACCUCGGUGGGAAAUGGACUAAGGAGGGAAUCGAGGGGAGUUUGUUUGUGUAUGAGAGGACGACUGUGCCGCAGCACGGACUGCUCGUAUUGAACCGGAAUGGAAUGAACAACUUUAUACGGCACUUGACACCUGGAACCGAAUUGGAUAUCCAGGGGCAGAUUGUACACGUCUCGGGAGGAGACGAGAAGCACGAUGGCAUCUACGGACUGUGGUUUGCAGGAGGGGAACCCGAGGCUCAACGGCUGAUCGACGUCAUGAACCAAUCUAUCAACCGGGCCAGCAAUGACGGCGGAUCUGGUGCCACGGAUCCGACUACCGCAUCUACGAAUCAAGUACCGACACAGCCUACGAUGAUGGACCUGUUGGCGCGUCUGACCGUAGCCCCAUCAACACCUCCUAUACAAUCAAGGUCGCCAGCUUUGGCCUCGUCACAGAGCGCCCAACAAUUCCAGACUCAAGCUUCGCCCCGCCCCGAACCUUCACGGUUGACCGCAUCCGUUUCGGACCCAUCUACCUCGCUCAAACAACUCCUCGGUGUCAUGUCUCCUGUUCAAACAUCUGCCACGCCCGUUCGAACGGGUACACCUCCACGAAGAGCUCCACCGGAUUCGCCCUCGGUCUCACGGCCGCGCGCAAAGAAGGGAGAUUCUGGGUACAUCCCCUCGUCGGAACGUAAUGUCGAGCCGAGCGACGAAGGUUUCGACAAGGGGGCGGCAAGGGUGGCCAUCCUGGGAGCAUUAAAAGGAGGUCAGGCUGAGGCUAGGGGAAUACAAUCGGAGAGUAUCGAGCCGAGUAAAGAGGGUCAGAGGGAUUUCGUCAGGGGUUUGUUGAAUUGCAUCCACACGGACAAGGAAUUUGUAGAGGAACUGUAUAAGGACUAUCUGCGGAACAAGGGGGGCGGACGAUAG